CUGAGUCAGAAUGAGACGACUAUGUGUAUAGCCUCGUCUCACGUAGUACUUAAUUGAACGAAUACCCCGCGCUCGUUAUGAGUUAGUGCUUACUGUGCCGACGAUAUACUUAAGCCCUCCACACCCAUCCCCAAUUCCUAGCGAUAUACCACCACCAUCACAACUCCACCAACCCUCCCUCCAAUUCCUCCAACCAAAUUUUCCAAACAUGUCCGUCAAAGUCCUCAUCUUCGCCUACCGCAAACCAGGCCUCUCGCUCUCCACCUUCCGAGAAAUCUACGAAGCCCACGUCGACCUAGUCAAGCGCAUCACCGGCGACGAUUUCCCUCUCUCCCACCGACGCACCUACAUCGCCCGGACGGAAGCUGCCUCGCCUCUCGAAGGCAGCGACUCAACCCGAAACGCUACCACUCCAGCCACUGUGCUCAUUGGCAAGCAGUCCGACUUCGACUUCGAUGCUACCGCCGAAUUGACCUUCGCCGACCAGGCGGCGAUGGGGGCUUUUAUGGCGAAGAUCUCAGACCCAGAUGCUGCGGCUCAGAUUGCUGCGGACGAGGAGAGGUUCUUGGAUCGAUCGGCAUUGAGCGUUUCGAUGGUGGGGGAUGUUGUUGAGACGACGAAAUGAGGUCGGUUCUCACUUGUCUGGAGGUAUGGGUUCAGGGGCUGUGAUAUCGCUCUUGGGUAGCUUUGAUGUUCAACUUGUUGCAGGCUUUUAAUAAAUCCUUGUCCAGCCAGUAACAAUAGUAUGGGACGGAUCAAGUCGUCCAGCAGUAUGUAGUACGGUAGAUUCGGGACAGAGCCGGCCCCAGUGUAUGU